UAUUUUGAAAAUCAUUUUUCAGAAUUAUAACAUUAUAUAUGGUGAUUUUUGAUAGUUUCAAAUAGUUCAAGAUGGUUCUUGAUAUUUCCAACGCCAUGACACCUCCUCGUUUGGAGGAAUUGGCAAUUGCUUUUAUCGGUGACAAUUUGCUACAGACAAUAUGCAGAGGAAAUGUCGAUGGGGAUCUCAGAUUGAGUGAGGGAGUGAAUUUGCCUCAGUCCUAUGCUGACCCCAAUUUUACAAUAUUUAGUAACUCUCUCAACAUGGAUACAACUCAGGACGAAUCAGAAAGUGAAAAGCUUGUUAAAUAUAUCAAAAUUUUCACUGAUGCAAACAAGUGCAAAUUGAGGAGAAUCAAAAUCAACAAAGCACCAGUGUCUGAUGAUGUUGUACAGGUCUUAUGUGAUUUGUGUGAAGCUCACUCACUUCUAGAGGUAGAUUUGAGCCAUUCUAACGAUACAAAUGGCGAUGAGAAAGACCACACACCUCCGUACAACCAUGCUGUACUUUUACCAAGUUUUAUUGUAAAACUUUGUGGCAAAUCUCUUCAGAAGUUGAUCCUUCAUCGCACUUUUCUUGCAUACAGCAUAAACCAAAUUAUGUCAUUCAGUGGUAAGAAGGCAAGAGCAUUGAAACAAGAUGUUUAUUUAACAUCUGACGCCACACUAGAUCAUUUAGUAACAUGUUUGUCAUCAGAAAAUGCUCCAAUGCUCACAAGUCUUGAUGUUUCUGAAGCCUUCAUUGCUUGGUUUAUAACCAUUGACCCAGAAAAUCCCCCACCUUUAAAAGUUGUAGAUUUUGCAGGAUACGUUGAUACACGUUUAAACUCAACCAUUAAAAAGAUAUUGAAGCAUUUUGUAUAUGGGGAAGAAGAUUACAAUCUAGAGCCUGGCAAACGUGUACCUCUAAUUGCUCAUUCUAAAAGUGAAAGAAAAUUGGCAAAAUACCCUUUUUUCAAAAAUAUAGAAUCAGCCACACCUAUGGUUAAAAAAUUCAUUGAAUCUGCAAAUCUUGAAAGCAAACUAAAUGAUGAUUUAAAAUACGAUGAAGACUACAGCUUGGAACCGGAUUCAAAUUUUGUUUUUCGUCAAAUGAACCUGCUUUCUUUGAAAAACACACUUCAGCAACUUGGUCUAUUUCACACCUUUCUUUCAAAGCGAGAUUUUGAAGAAAUAAUUUUCAAUCUGAAAGAAUUGAGAGUUUUAGAUGUUUCAUGGCCUUCGCAAAAUAUUGCUGCAACACGUCGUUUUCGACCACAAGAUAUUACAUUGUGGGAAAUACUCGAUAAUUUGCCUCAUUUGAAGUCACUUGACGUGAGUGGAACAUAUUAUGGAGAAAAUUUAUAUACAGACGCAGAAGUCAGAGGAACGGAAAAGUUCUUGAAAAUGGAAAAAGAACGUGAACCUCUCCAGUUUCUGGGAUUGUGGGGUACAAAUGCUUGCAAACUGAAAGAAAUAGAAAAGCUUGCCGAAGUUAUCACUGGAGAUGAAAACGAGGAACAAUUGUUAAGAUGCCUUGAUAUUUACAUUGAUCGAAAAGAAAUAAUAAUGGAUGUUUUUACAAAAUUGUCGAGGACAUUGCAACAAUCUAUUGUUCAGCAACCAAAUCUUCUCCUCAAGUUGAUCAUAAAAUGUAUUUAUCACUACCCAACAAAUGAUAGGCUCCUCUUCUUGUGUGCCACCAACUUGUAUUAUCUUUUUCAGUUGAGAUCAUCUGAUUUUUCAGUCUAUCAAAGACGUGAUAUCGUUCGGGCAGUAACCACAAUGCUGGAGAAAAAUCAAAUGAAUAAUAUGCUGGCCAGAAAUUGUAUGGUCAUCUUCUUUGAUUUUGAUCUUCCCAAAGAUUUGCUAUUUGAUUUUGACCACAUUGCUAAGUUGAUUUUGAAUAUAUUUGACAAACGAAGAGAUGAGAGCGAAAUUAAUUUCAUUGCUGGUAACUUAUGCAACGCAAUGAUUUGCUCGAUGGAAAUUAACGUGAAACCUCGAAUCAGGGACCUGGGAUUCACAGGGAUCAUGAUUGAUAUUAUCAAAGAUAGAUUGAGGAGUGGAGUUGCUGAUGAUACUCUAGAUACAGCUUGGAGUGGUUUAUGGAAUGCCACAGAUGAAACAACUAUUAAUGCUGAAGACUUCAUUAACAUGGAUGGUAUGUCACUCAUUCGUCAAUGUUACGAAAAGUUCGAAGGCCGUAAUGACCUUCGUCGUAACCUGAUGGGUCUGACUGGUAAUCUCGCUGAAGUUCCCCACCUACGUCCUUAUCUAGCAGAAAAACAAAAUUUGGACGUAAUUGUUGAUCUUGUUUUAAAUGCGGAAUCUGGAAUUGAAGCUGCGUACAAUGCAUGUGGAACUUUAUCAAACCUUCUCAUUGAUGAUUCUGACAUACUCAAAGAUGCACCUGUUGAUAAAAUUCGCAGUGAUAUGCGUAAGCAAUUUUGUCAUGGACUCCAGAAGUCGCUACUAAUGUAAAUUACCGUGCAUUUGAUCCUUUGUUACUUAUUUUACAAUGUCCCAACGAACCCAUCGGUCAUCUGUGGGUAAUGUGGGCCAUUAAAAGUCUUUGCAAUCGUGAUGCCAAAUAUGUUCAUCAAGUUAUUGGAGAUGGAGGAGCAGAUCUUAUCAAAAGAAUCAAAGACAGCACUGAAGAUCCCAAAACAAAAGAAUUUGCUGAAGAAAUUUAUAAGAAGCUAAUUGAUGUGGGCGGACUCAAGGAAACUUAAAGAUUUUGAGAAUAAUUUUCAACUUUUAAUUCAAUGCCUAAUCAAUACAUAUACAAUUAUUACAUUAUGUUCCAUGUUUUUUACUUAAUUCUAAUGAUUUUUGAAGCAGCUGUUGAAUAUGUUUCAUUCAUCUUCCUUUGCCUUCAAUAAAAUGUUAGGCAACUUAUAUUUUAUGCAGAUAAUUAUGAAAUGAAGUUUCAUCGCACCAAUACCACACAUCCAUAUAAAUUCACAAGAGGGUUACUGCUUAUCAACUUGUGAUUGAAAUAGUAUAUCAUUCAAAAGCCACACUCCUCACUUUGCAGUUUCUGUGAACUCACUCAUUGGUUAUUCACUUGGUUUUUCCUUAACAAUAAUUUACUCGGAUUUUUUUCAUUGAUUACUGUAUAAUUGAAAUAUAGAUGAUAUCUGAUAGUCAUUACUUGCACACUUGUUAUCAAUAUGUGCUGUGUUCUUGACAAAUAUUAGGGUUGAUUAAAUGAAAGCUUUUUUCCCUAUAAUUCCUAUAAAUGAUUUAUUUUUUAGUCUUUUAAUGAUUUUAAUAUGAAUAUAAUUAUGAUUUAAAUAGCUUUUUGUGACUAUCUAUCUGUUCUGUAUUACUGUACAAUUUACUGUCAGUCGAUCGUGCUAAGUUCCCCUUUACUUUUCUUCAAAUGAUAUUAAGAGCUAUUCGAAUUCCAAUUUGCUUGAGUAAUUUUAUUAAUUAUUUGUGUGUGAUACAGCUUCUGUUUGUGGUAAGAUGCUUUUGCAAAUGGAGUUAUUGUAUUGUAAAGGCAUAAAAUUAUAUACUUUCUAAUUUGUAUUCUUCUGGAUUUAGUGUUUGAUAUGUAGUUUUUGCAUAGCGUGUGAAAUAGUAGUUUUUGCAUAGCGUGUUGAUUACUAAUAGUUUGUGCUUGCGAUGAUAAAAUAAUAUACAACCGCCAUAUUAUAUAGUACAAUAAAACUCCAUACUAAUC